AUGGAAGGUGUAAAGUCUGUGCUAGUCACAUUUUUUCUCACCUUCUUCGGACUUUGCUCCGCCAAACCAUCAACCCAAGAGUACGUGCUACUGGAAAAGAACCAUGAUGUCGAAGCUUGGCGAGUGGAAGGCUGGGAAAAGCUCGAGCGACUUCGAUCGUCGGAAGAAAUAUUUCUGACCUUCGCUCUCAAGCAAAGUAACUUGGAAUCUUUGGAACGUAUCUUCUGGGAAGUUUCUGAUCCGAAAUCUGAGGAGUAUGGAAAGCAUCUGUCCUUGUCUAACCUAACACAGCUGAUAGCGCCAUCGGAAGCGACGAUUUCGGCCGUUCAGAGAUGGCUCCGAAGUUAUGGUGUCCAUUCAAGCGACUGCAGCUCCAUUCUCACGAAAGAUUUCAUGACUUGCCGGAUGUCUUGCCAAUCGGCUGAAGCGAUGCUUGUUGGCGCAAAAUUUUAUCGUUUUAAGCACGCCAAACUUUCCAAGCCCGUUGUUCGUUCGGAUCAACUCUACUCUGUUCCGAAGAGUAUUACGCCGCAUGUUGACUUUGUGGGUGGGGUACUUCGCCUUCCAGCUGUUAACGGCCCAUCUUCGCCCAAAGUUUUUGAACAUGAAUUUUUAGACAGCAUGUUAAUAAGGGAUCGAAUCCACAUCGGUGUCUUCCCGAGUGUUUUACGAGAGCGCUAUAAUGUGUCUGAUGUUGUUGGAACCCAUCCUGACAACCGCCAGUCAGUGGCACAGUUCCUGGAACAGUACUACAGUCCUACCGAUUUAGAGGAAUUUUUCUACCUCUUUGGUAGCUCCUUCAAGCACCUGGAGAAAAUGACCAAAGUUAUUGGCCCGGACAGUGGACGCUCUGGUAUAGAAGCCAGUUUGGACACCCAGUACAUCAUGAGUCUUGGUGCCAUGGUACCAACGUGGUUCUGGAGCACUGCUGGUCGCCAUGAAUCACAAGAGCCCUUUUUAGAGUGGCUUCUGGAUGUAAGCAAUCGUUCUGAGGUGCCAUGGGUGCAUAGUGUUAGCUAUAGUGACAAUGAGGAUACACUUGAUGUAGCUUACAUGAACAGGAUCAAUGUGGAGUUCCAAAAAGCUGGUGUAAGGGGGCUGACAUUCUUAUUUGCAAGUGGUGACAAUGGUGCAGGUUGCAAAAAAAAGAAAUUCCGACCUAUGUAUCCGUCGUCUUCUCCAUAUGUUACCACUGUUGGAGGAACAGCUUUUGACGAUCCCUUCACCGUGUCUGACGAGUAUGCCUAUGACAUCAGCGGUGGAGGAUUCAGUAAUGUAUUCUCUCGUCCUUCGUACCAAACUGAAGUUGUUGAAAACUACCUGAAAUCGGGGCCUCAUAUCCCACCCCCAUCGUAUUUCAACCAAACCGGCCGUGGAUUUCCUGACAUCUCAGCUGUGUGUAACCACUUCUGGAUCGUCAACAACAUGGUCCCUGUUCCAGGUGUGAUGGGAACAUCGGCUUCUACUCCGACAGUAGCUGGCAUCAUUUCAUUGCUAAAUGAUGCACGGUUACAAAAAAACAAGUCUACGCUAGGAUUCUUGAACCUCUUUUUGUAUCAGAAUGCUGCAACUAUGUACGAUGUCACCUCUGGAUACAAUGACGGAUGUCUGUCUGGGGAUACUGGGUUUUAUGCUACCACUGGCUGGGAUCCAGUGACUGGUUCUGGUACUCCUAACUUCCCAGCAAUGGUAAAGGCAGCUCUUAAUUACCAGUAAAAUUGUAUUGGGCAUUUUUUUGAUCAAGAACAGAUUCAGGGUGAGAGCGCAUUGGUGGAAGGUAGACUGUACAUCAUAGAAAGUUUAUUACAAAAAUCUUUGCUACUACAAGUUUUAUUUUCAGAUAAUAUGACAUGAAUUUUCCAAACACAAUUAUAUUGAACUGAAAUCAUUAAUCAUAAAUAAAAGGCACUCAUUACUGCUGUUUAUUUUGCAAUUAAUGAAAUGGUAGAGUUUCCCUUAUACUGUAUGAAAUUAUGAAAUUCAGUAAGGUUGUGGCCAAAGCAGUGGGUGUUUUGGGGAAAAGAUCAAGGCCCCCUCUUAUUACAUAACUGAAUCAUAGAGGAGGAGUCCAGGGGACCCUUGGUCCUUUCUUUAUUUUUAGGCCAAACUUAAUCCUGCAGGGCUGAGAAAAAAUAUUUUUGAUGCCACCCCACUCUUUUUUAGCCAUUAGAUAAGUGGGUACCAUGGGGAUAUCAUCCCUUGAAUGGCCCAAAGGGGGAGGCUGUGCCCAAAAGGGGUACUUUUUGCAGGCCCCAGGUAUAUGAAUGGGUAGGGAUUUCACGAGUUGAAGCAUAUCUAAGGGAAUCAGGGGUUUCAGUAAUGAUUGAAGUAGCCAGCAGGUUUGAAUAGAAUACCCGACUGUAUCAGCAAGGGGCCAUUAAUCCCGUACCUCUAGGGGGAUUUGGGGGCAUGCUCCCUCAUAAAAGUUUGAAAUUUUAAAGCCCCAAAAAUGUGAUUUCCAGCAUUCUGGGGACUAAAUUAAGGACAAAAG